CACACUGUCUUUCUCUGUCUCCUAUGCACAAACGAACCAUACGCGCUUUGUCCAAUCUAACGAAAUCAAGCGGAUAGAAUGAAAUAAAGGCCAAAAUUUGUAUACAAUCUUCACUAUUUUUACACGACUUCAUUGUUGUUGUUUUCGUUUGGGUUUGGAGUGGCAAACGUGAAUUUAUAUUAAAAUAAAUAAGUUGGCUUGUUAUUACACCAAGUGCUACUUCUACGAACGUGAAAAAAUACACAGAGAGAGAGAUAGAGAGAGAGAGAGAGAGAAAAACGACCGAGCAACGAAGAAAGAAGAAAUAGCAGCGAACAGAAAUAAACAAAAGAAACAAUUUAUACACAAACAGAGAAAGACAUAUAAACAACCGAACAAGAAGAAAUGGUCCGUUAUUAGUGUGUCGUCAUUGAUUUGAUUGUCUUUUAUUCGGGCUCAGGCAUUAUCAAUUUUGCAUUUUAAACGCAGAGCAUUCCAAACGGUGUGCGAUUUUUUCUUCUUCUUCUGUUCAUUGAAAGUUUAACGUGAAAAAGAAGAAGAAGAGGACGACGACAGAAAGAACGAGAAAAAAGUGAAGCAAUGUGAACAGAACUAAGGCAAAAUUGACACCGAAGAAGCCAAUUCCAAUUUUGCCGAAUCGAAUGACAAUACCAGAGACAUUUAUUUAACUUGAACCAAAUCAACGCGACAGAUAGUUUUUCUUUUUCGGUUAACAAGCCAAGAAAUCGGAGCAGAGUGAAAGAUAUAUAUCGGUGAAACUAAUUCGUUGUGCAUAUCGUGUUCGAACAAAUAAUUGUACGGUUUCUUUUCCAAAUCGUCGUCGUCUUUGUGUGGCAACAAAUUUGCUUAAACUAUUUGGAAUUCUGUGUGUGACUGUGUGUUUGCUCGCGGUCUGCGUAUAUAUUUUAUCACUCCGGAUUUUUUUUGUUCAUUUCUUUUCUUAAUAGUACAUUCGAAAAAUAAACGGUUUACUGGCUAGCUACACAUCAUCACAUAACUCAAUACAUCGUAUAAGCCAGUAGCGAUUCAGACAAUCGAUUCUAGUUGACGUCGUUAGACGAAGCACCGAUUCAAUUUUCAGUGAAUAAAAAAAAAGCAGAGACAACACAGUGUCAAAAUGUCUGGUAAUAAUUUGAGUGUUGACGGUGAACUACGAUACAUAAUACAAUGGUUCAACGAGUGGAGUGAAUUGCAACGAGAGGAUUUUCUGCCCAUUGUUGUCGAAUAUUUGACAAAAGAUCGAGGAGCACUGCACAUGAACGGUGUGGUCAACAGUUUAUCGGCCGCAUCAUUUGAAGAAAAACCCAUGAGCCUGUUCCAAUGUCGUGUGAAAUUGUUCAAAGAAUGGAGUGCAAAGUGGCCGGAAGACAACAAAAUCAAGUUGAAGGAGAAAAUUUGCGAAAUUGAUGGCAGUUUCGGUGAAAAAUUGAAUCAAGAAAUUUUGAAUGGUUAUUCAAAUGGCAACGGUACAUCGGGCUCAUCAACACCAACCGAUCAAGCACCGCCAAUUGCUGAGCUACAAAAUGAAGCGAUUGUCGCCUAAGUGCGCCCCGGCCUACAAAACAACUCAUCGAGUGAGAGCAUCACGUGAAAUGUCCAUUCAAUCAUUGAAAAAAAAAAAUUCUAUUUCUUUGUUGAAGCAACAAAAUGAUGUUGAGUAAGGGAGAAAGAGAUGAAAGACAGAGAGAAUGAGCUAACGCAUGCCGUCAAAGUAACUUCCAAUCGUCAUUCCAAUAUUAAAUUUUUCUUUAUACUUAUCGCAAUAGUUUUUAAAAUGCCACACGAUAUCGUAAUUAACGUUUCGGAACUAAGCAAACAAGCUCAUUAUUACGUUAUAUGCAUGCAAGAUAAAUCUAGUAAUGGUAAUUAAUUUACCGAAAAUAAUUUACAUACGCCAUGCAAUUUAGGAGAGAAAAAAAUAAGUAGAAGAAGAAGAAGGGAAAAAAAAUCAUACGAAGCGAUAGAAAGAAAAGAAAAAUAGAAAACACAUAAAAUGCAAUGCCGUCUCAAAUCAAAUAUAGGAAUAAUUAAGAGGAAAGUGCUGCACUUGCACCUGCACUCAUUACAAGAUGAGCACACGCUUCGUUUUUUUUCUCUUGAAAUAUUAAUUUUUUUUUUUCGCUCACAACAUUUUGUUUAAUCUACUUUCUUUUUGGGGCAAACGAUUAAACAAAACCAUGCAUAUACAAAUUCAAUCGAAGGCACACGCGCGCAUGCAGCGAAUGCUGUGUGCAAAGCGACCUGUCUUCAACGUCAUUGUUACAUUUUUCUUUCUUUCUCUCAAUUGUUAUGCAGAUGGCAUGUGAAAUCCUCUUCAAUAUGCAUAUUUUCUACUUCGAACAACAGUUUCGUCAUUUAAAAAGCCAACGAAGAGAGAAAGAUAGAGAGACUCGUGCAAGCACAGAUUAUUUCUAUUCAUUUCGAUUCAUUCGGUUGAAUCCGAAGACAUAUCUUUCUCCGUAUAACUCAGAAAUAUCCAACGCAAGUUCACCUCUGUAAACCGCACACCAAUAAACAAUUAUCUUGAGCACGUAGAUAGUAGAGUCGGUAUAGAAUAUCGAAAUCGGCGUAUAAUCCAUAAUAUUAACACCUUUGGUGUUUGGAAAAGUCACCCACUCAUGAAACUCAUUCAUUUUGCGUCGACUUUUUUUUCUAAUGGAAUGCGUUCGCGUGACAAAUGUUCCGUUCACACCUCUAUUUUUUUUUUUAUAUAGUUUCUUCUUCAUUUUACUGAAACACAACUACGGAAUACCAGAUGAACGUUAGAUUUUCAUGCAGUUUGUAAUGUGCCAAAAAUGGUAAUAGCAACAUGCUUUUCCCAGUUUUCAAAUCGUCAAACAAUUAGAAACACAAACAAACAAACUAAAAACACAUAGCAAAGCCAAUAGCAACAGAAACAGGAACAACUUAUCAACAACUCGGUUUUUUUUCCUUAAUUUAUUCUGUAUUUAUUAUUCACGAGUUUUUUUUCUCUUAGUAUUUAGUUAUACUACUCUUUUUUUCUCUCUUGAGAUACGAAAUUGUCUAGAUACCAUUUAAAAGAAUGAAAAAUCCGCACAAUUUAUUGAAUAUAUAAUCAAAAUAGUUUUACUGUACUAUUGGAAUAUAAACAUUUUUUUAAAAAUAAAUAAAUAUAAAUUUUUAAUCAGAUUUUAUAAUAAAUCAA